CCCGCGCACGUGUCGGGAUUUUUUGGGACAAUUCUGCACCUCGCAGGUAGCAGAAGUGAAUCCCUGCCUUUUGUGCCCGUUCCAUCAGGUGUCUGCAAUGCUCUUUCCCUGGAAAUUAAAGCCAGUGCUAAAGUCCGAGCUUUUGUGGGUGAGCAAGUGCUGCUGAAAUGCUCCUUCAAGUCCAGCUCCCCCAUCACCGAGAGCCUGCUGGUGGACUGGACCUACCGGCCCCUCGCUGGGGGCCAGAUGGAGACAGUUUUUCAUUAUCAGUCCAUCCCACACCCCACCACAGUGGGGACGUUCAAGGACAGGAUAUCCUGGCUUGGGAACGUCGCUAAUGGUGAUGCUUCCAUCGCUAUCCAAAGCCCCAGGCUCAGUGACAACGGGACGUUCAUCUGCAGCGUGAAGAACCCUCCAGAUGUUUACCACAACAUUCCCCAGACCGUGCUGGUGGUCACAGAGCGGGGCCUGGCCUUCCAGCUGAGCUCAGCAGCUCUGCUGUCCAUCCUGGUGUUCCUCCCUUCUGCCCUCGUGGUCAUUCUGCUGCUGGUGAGGAUGAGGAGGAAAUUCCAGGUGCUGAAGGAGAAAGGCAAAUGUGGCUACAAGAAAUCCUCCAUCGAGGUGUCUGAUGAGCCAGAGCACUCAGACACAGCUGGCUGCGGGGGCAAGCUCAAGCAGUGCUGCCUGAACUGCGUGGACACGGAUGAGGAAGAUCCCUACUGACUGAAGCUGUGGAAAAAGGCUGAAAUUACAGCACUGAAAAUCACGGAUGGAUCCUUCCCGAGGCUGCUGGAUAACCAGUGCAGAUUGAAGGACAUGCUCUGCUCUCCGUGGAUUGGAAGAAUAAUGCUGAUGGGAUAACUCACUUCUAUUUAAGCACAAAACAAUGAUUUUCUAAAAAUCUUUCCAAUUUAUUGGGGAAAAGAAAAUCUCUUGCCCUCAGAUCUGCAGGGCCUACAGAAGCCUCGGGCCUACAGAAGCCUCGGGCCUACAGUGCCAAUGUGCCUCGGUUUUCCCUCAAAUUGCUUUGGUUCAUUGUUUUUUUUUUGUGACAUCCCUCUUUUGCUGAGCCCUGGAAAUCCAACUUUUUGAAGUAAAAGCUGCUCCAGCUCUCUGGGCACUGACAAGGUUUAUUCUCAGGUUUUCUGGAGCAUACUGACUCACACCAGUUUGAUGAAGUGAUAUCUGGCAUCCUCUGUGGUGGAGUGAAGAGAACCUACUGCUUUUGAAGUAUUUUUUUAUUCAGCUGCAUCACUGGGUAAUGCUCCUUCUACUUGUAGAAGUGAAGCACAAUUCACAGAAAACAAUUUUUUUUUUUCUUUUUUUGAAAUCAGAAAUGCAAAUGGGGACUCUGUUUCUGGGGACACACAACCCCAUCUACCUCAGCCAUGGACUCAAGCUCUGCCCAAAGGAAUGUUCUGUUUGCAGUAGUUGUUUUCUUCCUCCCUUCUUCUAGGACCUGUUUUAGGGAAAUGGUUCAUUGUGCAGCAUUACUUCCCCUCGAUGAAGGGCAUUUCCUCUUUCACCAGCUUUACCCAACAAGGAAUGGCAGAGAGCAGUGGAAUUCAUUCACUCAACCCCUAAAAAGCUGCUGUCCUUCUGUAUCCAUCAACUAUUCUCCUUUUACAGAUGUGCUCCAGGUUUACUGCUGAUUUUGCCAUGCAAUUACCAAUAAAUUGCAUUAUUCCACUCUGGGCUGUGAGUCUCUUUAUUUGGCUAAAUACAGCUGAACUCAUGAAACUGCCAGGCUGAGGUGUAAAAAUUGUCAUUUGAUGAUGAGUAAAGGUUUUUAGGGAGCAGAUUUAACCCAAAAGAGGACAAGCACCAGGCCCCCUUUAGCAUCUCUGCUAGCAGCAGCUUUCAGGUGUGGUGAAGCUCUCACUGAGAAGUAGGUCAGCUGUAGAUCUGUGCCUCCAGAUAAACACAUUUUUCUCCUGUCUACUAUAAAGCACAUUUCAAGUAUUUAUGUUCCCUGGUGACACAACAUCUCUGUCAGGCAAAACUUCCCUGGGAAAGGCCAGUGCUGGGAUGCACAGCCCGGGGAAGUGGCUUUGCUGUCCCCUCCCAGCACUCCCCACUUCCCCUGGGGAACCAAAGGCUCUUUUUUGCUGCAAAAUGCUGCAUUUCAGCUCUGCCUCCUGUUGUGUGCCAAGCACAUUUCUCUCCCUCAC